AUGCCUGUGUUAAAUCGAUUGUUAUAUUAUUAUAAUAGAAUUUUAAUUGUUGUUUUAUGUGUUUGUAUUAUUGUGAAUGAUUGUUCGCCAGUUUUACCAAAUUUUGAUAUAUGGAGUGAUCAUGAAAAUGACCAACAAUUAUCGAGUAAUUUAACAAAGUUAGUUAAUAAUUCGACGACACGAAAAUCUAAAGUGUUAAAUUUCUUUCCUGUUCCUGUGGACGAUGAAUGUAUAUCAAAUGAUCAGCGUCGACCGGGCGUAUGUUUAAAUCCAUACGAAUGUCGAAUACAGAAUGGAUCUCCGCACGGUCAAUGCGCUUUAGGUUUUGGCGUAUGUUGUAUAUUUACAGCUCAAUGUGGUUUAGACGUUUACAAUAAUAUAACAUAUAUAGUAAGUCCAGAUUUUCCAGCAUUAUCACGUGGUCCCAUAAAUUGUGUACAUAAAAUCAAAAAAAUUGAUCCAGAAAUUAGUCAAAUACGUUUUGAUUUUAUACAUUUUAGUGUGGGACAACCAAAUCGACAAACUGGUGUUUGUGAUUCAGAAAUAUUGACUAUUUCUGGUGGAAAUAAUCGACCAUUACGAAUGUGCGGCUUGAAUAGUGGACAACAUGUUUACUUCGAUGUGGAAAAUUUAAACGAACCAUUAACUUUACAAAUGAAUUUUUCGAAAACAAAUAUAGAUCGAUUUUGGGAGAUAAAAGUGACACAAAUCCCAUUCGAUAGACGUGCACCUCUAGGAUGUUUACAAUAUAAUACAGGAACUACAGGUAUUAUACGAACCAUGAACUUUGCGGAUAAUGGACGCCGUUUAGCCGAUCAAGAGUACACAAUAUGUACACGACAAGAGGCUGGUAUGUGUUCAAUCGUUUACGAGCCAUGCGACGAGAAUUCAUUUCGUAUCGGACAAGGAAUACAAAAUCAAACAACAAAUAUAUUCGAUGACGAAGGCUCUGGAGGUGGUGGAAUACCAUUAUUCUACGACGAAGCUAGAAUGUGCUCGGAUCGUAUUGUAUUACCAUGUGAUUCAGAGGAAUUUCUAUUGCCGGGUCAUGUAGCACCAGGUUAUUGUGAUAUCGCACACUGUGGAGCAUCGUUAUGUCCACCUGGAGAGAGUGCAUGCCGUGUUGAAUCGUCAACAACUCCGUUUAAUAUUGGAAUUCAAUUUGGACCUGGUGCAACGUCAACGGCACGCAUGGAAUCACCUGAAGAUAAUCUUGGAAUGUGUUUAAAAUAUGAACAAUUACCUUGUGCAGUUUAA